CGCAUGCGCAGACGGUCUGUUUUCAAACGAGUGGGAAUAGCCUUAGCAUCGGUAGCAGAAGUGAAGCAACAUCACAGUUUGUCGUGUUUAUCUUCAACCUAAAGUUUUCAAAAUGGAUAUGGAAACUGGGAGCUUCGAGCCGGGGUUUGUGGGGAUCCGGUUUUGUCAAGAAUGUAACAACAUGUUGUACCCCAAAGAAGACAAAGAAAACCGGAUCCUGCUUUACGCGUGCAGGAACUGUGACUACCAACAAGAGGCGGACAACAGCUGCAUCUACGUCAACAAGAUCACCCACGAGGUUGAUGAGCUGACACAAAUCAUCGCUGAUAUUUCUCAGGAUCCGACACUACCCAGGACAGAGGACCACCCAUGCCCCAAGUGUGGUCACAAGGAGGCAGUGUUCUUCCAGUCUCACAGUAUGAAGGCUGAGGACGCGAUGAGACUGUACUACGUGUGCACAGCGCCUCACUGUGGACACAGAUGGACGGAGUAAAGAUGCAGAUGGUGAAGAGGUCUGACAUUUUAUCUACAGUAAAUCUCCAACAGAGUUUUUUAACUGCUGGUGUUUGUAAACUCUGAAACCAUCUUUUUGUUUGUCUUUUUAGUUUCUAUCAUGUGAAUAUUUUGUAUUAAUAGUUAUUUUUUAUAUAACAGUUGUCAUUCAGGUGUGUUUUGUUAGAUUAAAAGAAUCAAUUGUU